AUGACGUGGGGAUUUGUUACUUGUGGUCCAAAUGAAGCGCUAGUCAUCUCAGGAUGUUGUUACAGCAAGCCGCUGCUGGUGCCCGGAGGCAGAGCUUUCAUUUGGCCCUGUGUUCAGAUGAUCCAGAGGAUUUCUCUGAAUACAAUGACUCUGAUCGUGGACAGCCCUACAGUAUACACAAGCCAAGGAGUGCCAAUUUCAGUAACAGGUAUCGCCCAGGUGAAGAUCCAAGGUCAAAACGAGGAGAUGCUUUUGGCAGCCUGUGAACAGUUCCUGGGCAAAAAUGAGACGGAGAUCCAGCACAUCGCCCACGUGACCUUGGAGGGCCACCAGCGCGCUAUCAUGGGCUCGAUGACGGUCGAAGAGAUAUACAAGGACCGCAAGAAGUUCAGCAAGCAGGUGUUCGAGGUGGCCUCCUCCGAUCUGGUCAACAUGGGCAUCACGGUGGUGUCUUACACUCUGAAAGAUAUACGUGACGAAGAGGGCUACCUGAAGAGCCUCGGCCAGGCGCGUACGGCUGAGGUGAAGAGAGAUGCGCGCAUCGGCGAGGCCGAGGCCCGAUGCGAGGCGCACAUCAAGGAGGCGCUGGCCGAGGAACAGCGCAUGGCGUCCGUGUUCCUCAACGACACCGAGAUCGCCAAGGCGAAGCGGGACUUCGAGCUGAAAAAGGCCGCCUACGACGUCGAGGUGCAAACGAAAAAUGCCGAGGCAGAGAUGGCGUACGAACUGCAGGCGGCCAAGACCAAGCAGCGGAUCAAGGAGGAGCAGAUGCAAAUCGAGGUGGUGGAGAGGACGCAGCAGAUCGCCGUGCAGGAGCAGGAGAUCGCUAGGAAGGAGAGGGAGCUGGAGGCGACGAUCCGAAGGCCUGCCGAGGCUGAGAAGUAUAGGUUAGAAAAAAUUGCGGAGGCAAACCACAAAAGGGUACUGCUUGAAGCCCAAGCUGAAGCCGAAGCUCUCAGACUAAGAGGUGAAGCUGAAGCAUUCGCUAUCAACGCCAAAGCCACAGCCGAGGCGGAACAAAUGGCGAAGAAAGCUGAAGCUUGGAAAGAAUACAAGGAGGCUGCCAUGGUCGACAUGUUCCUUGAUGUAUUACCAAAGAUUGCAGCAGAAGUAGCAGCUCCACUAUCACAAGCGAAAAAAAUCACGAUGGUGUCCAGUGGAUCUGGUGAGAUCGGAGCAUCGAAAUUGACAGGAGAAGUUCUGGAUAUUGUCAACAGAGUGCCUAUGUUGGUCAAAAAUAUGACUGGCGUGGAUAUUUCAAAGUCAAUCCACGCUGUAUAG